UGAAUUACCGUUGAUUCGCGCGAAUUGCUUGUGAACGCACGGUUGCGUGUGCAUGCGAUAUAAUGGGGUUUCAAACAGAGCAACACUUCUUUCUCAGUAUUUUUGCGAACGAACUGUAGCACUAGCAGAGAUUGUCUGGGCGAAUGGCACUUGAUUGGCCAGGGUAGCCCAGUCAUCCUGCUGCUGAUACUUUUUCAUGGUCAUUGCCAGCGGGAGAUUGUUGUUCCAUAUAAGCAAUACAAGAGUUAGGCUACAAUAUAUCAAUGUAGCGGGGGGAAUAAUUUCAACGCCCACAUUGUUGACAUGAAACAAACAUUCUAUGCGGGCGAUAUAAUAUUUUUUAGGCCAGGUCAUUCAUUUGCAGAUGUUCCGAAGGCAUUGAUAAGCUUAGAUCGUUUUAAAACAAUAGAAAAUAUUAGAUAUAAUAAACUACAGCAAUGUAUCUAUGGACAAUAUUAUUUUCUAACUUUCAGGAGUUAAAAAAUGGUGAUGUUGCAGAGAUGAUGCUUUAAAUUGCGCAACAAGUGCAUUCGUUGUUCUAUUCUGUUUUUUUUAUUCUGUUUUUCAAUGAAGAUAACAGUGCUUGGCUGCGUGACAGUUAGACUAUAACAGGGUUGCUUUGCAUUAGGUUCCAUGGCAUGAGGCUACAUCCCUAACUUGAUGGCUUUGCCAAAAAAUAGGCGUUUUUUUCCAAGUGAUGCGGCCCCUCCUAAAUCUAACCAGGCUGGCCACAACAGUGCUAUUGAUCUGUCUGGGCUCUAGUCUGAUUAAUCUUUUUUGCAGCCUUGGCUUCUGUAACAAGUGAGCAUUCAUUACGAUGCGUUUAUAAUUGUUACUGCCUCGCAGCUGCCUCCGCCGUCCACUGGGACCGGGGCAAGGUCGGUGUUUUUUGCCAAAUAGUGCGCUACGGUCCGUGAGUUGAUGAAUGGCGGUCCGUGCCCGGAAUACGCAAGCGCAGUAGGUACUUCGGAUUUUGCAUUCCUGACAAAUAUUCGUCCUAAUUGUCGCCUUGGCUCAUCCGUUUCGGAGCAGGUGGCAAGGAAAAAACUAUUGACGUAAUUAAGGAGCCAGUGACCUACACUGACACGAGCCACAAUGCCACUGAGAUCCACGGAACCAUAGGGUCCAACCUCAACUCCGGCCCCCUGACCUCUGCUCUGAGAAGCUACCUCACCACCCUCCACACCUAUAGAUGGUUCUAGAAGAAGCCCUUCCACUGAGCAGCGUUUCUCCCAGACGGCAGGCGAUGCAUUCCACCUAGACUCCCCCCCUCUUUCCCCGACCAAUCCGAGGCAGCCAUGAACCCCGAGGAGGUGGAGCAUGGCCAGGAGCUGAUCGAGCACAUAGAAGCCGACCUGCCCCCUCCUCAACGCCGUCGCCACGACAACCACAUCGCCACCAACAACGGUCGACCCCGGCAGCCUAGCAACCACAGUAGUGAGAACAACAACCACGCUGCUCCCCGCUACAGGAGAUAUAAUGAGGCUCCUGGUGCAGGUGGCAGCAGGGUCAGAGGGGCCCCACAACGCAGGUCAACAGAGGAGCCAGAGGCGGAACUGCACUUGGGGGCCCAGUCCCCUCCCCAACCCCAGCAGCAGCAGCAGGCCCAGGGUCAGUCACAGCCCAUCCUGCGUCCUGCAGUGACACGUUACCGCAGACAGGGGGACAGCGAGGCCAGGCUCAGAGCACAGCAGCAGAGACACAUACAGAGACAGCAGAGAGAGGCUGAGAGGGUACACCAACAACAACAACAAACUCUGCCAGCCCCACAGCCUGUUCACUCUCUACCCCCAGAACGAGAAGAGCCGGAGGAGGAUGAGGAGGAGAGAGGGAGGUAUAGAGAGAGGGAGACAGAGGGGGAUAACUCUGCGUUAGCCCGUUCGGCCAGCACGGAGAGCGCUUUCCACACACACACAGACCGGGCGGAGGGCGACUGCGUCAUGGCCCUAGAUCUUGAGGCAGAGGACGAGGGCGGUACUUACGAGGUGAUGCUUCGCCCAGAGGCGGAGGGAUACACAGAGAGCGCUGAGUCAGAGCAGCACCAUCCCCACCCUCAGCCCAACCUGAACCUCAACUACCCCCCUCAGCCCCCUCCCUUACCCCGGGAACCCCUACCAGACGUUGGGAGACCCUCCAGUCAGGAGGAGGCAGAGGAAACCCUGAACCCUGGGUGUGGUUACUCUAACUACGUCUACACCCAUCCUCUAAACCUCCAUGGGGGAGGGGCCAGGGUGCCGGGGGGGGGCGGGACAGCAUUGUCGAGGAAGGGAUGGAGCCUAAAGACGAGGCAUAUUCUGAAGCCUACCACUACUCCCUGACAGAACA